AUGCCAUAUUCUGCCAAAAAUAACGCCAAAACGUCAUGGCGCCCAAACUUAUUUCUAUUUCCAAUUUUCAGUUUGCCUGGUUCUGAUUGGGAUUUUUUGGUUCCGGUUUGGGAGAUUUUCCGGCCAGAAUCCACUUUACCCUUGUCGUUCUUGCCCCAGGUUUUCCCUCCAAACUUAACCCUCCAAAGACAAUCAAACCAACAUUUCUUGCUGCUUUUCGAGCUUCCUUUCCCUUCCUUUGAGUCCUUUAUGUAUUUAAUUUUGUGAAUGUUUUGAUGACUACUGUAGUGGUGGUGGUGGUUACGGUAAUAAAUCUGUUGUCUUUCCUCAUUUUUUGCUUUCAAAUAUUUUUCUCUGGCCAAAUUUUUUGAGAAGGAGCGUAAUUCCAUUCGGCCAGUGUCCAAAGGGGAACCGCUAAGGCUUCGUUGCUUUUUACUCUUUUUGUUUUUGUGGGGUGAAUUUGAACGCCAAGAAGAAGAACGGGAACGAGACCUUAAAAAAUAAAGGUAC